AUGGCUGCGAGGUUCACGCCCGAGGCUUUUCUGCCAUCGGGCGCCUACGACUCUGAUGUUGUUCUUUCCCUGAAUAACCAUCUCCCUUAUCGCAACACGUCCAGUAUUCCGUCACCGCCCAACUCGUAUCCUCGAGCUGGAACCCUUCGUCAUCAAUAUCCACAACACUAUCUAAACCCAUGUCAAACGCAAAACCAAGAUUAUAGCCAGAGUCAAUUUCAGCGCGGCCGAAUACCCCCCGCGAGCACCCUGCCACUUCAGCACAAAGAUUCAUCUCCUCUGUCACUAGAGUCUUUAAGGGCUGCUCAAUCUGUUCCGCCUAGUUAUCGACCAUUUCCUCAGCAGACCGAAUCUUUCGACACUUUCGACGCUCGUCCCGCGACUGUAUCUCCCACUCACGGAGGUCCGCCUCCCGUUCCAGAAUUCCGCUUUCCGGUAUCAUCUACAGCUCCUCUGCCAAACGUUUCUUCGUCUUCCGGACUCGUUGGUGCAUCCCUCUCAAGAUCCGUUUCGGCAGACGCAGUGGCUGCCUCUCAAUCAUCAGUGCACGUGGUUCAACGCCUCGUGCAGCAGAACCAAUUGAUCCGUGAAGCCUGGGAAGCUGAGCGGAACCAUCUCGAAGCUAAUCGGCGACGAGCUGAAGAGGUCUAUCAAGAAGAACGGAUCAUCAUGGAUGAGGUCCGGGAUAGCUGGGAGGCCGAGAAGGAGGGCAUGGCUCGAGAAAUCGAAGAACUCAAAGAACGCGUCCAUCGACUUGAAGGAGAGAACAGUGCGCUCAAGGCUGUCACAGCGCAGAGUAUCCAGGUUACGGGCGUGGUAUCGCCUCUCGCGAGUCAGCGUGGCGGAAGCGGUGAGGGCUCCAUGGACAGUUCCUACUUCCAAGCUCCACCAGGACGACUCGCGUCAAGGGGACAAAAUCCCACCAUUCCAACUGGUCUGUCCAUGUCUGAUGCGUCAUCUCUUCCACUUGGUCUUGAUGGAGCAUCUCGUCGACCUCAUUAUUUCCAGUCAAGCAGCGCUCGAGUAUCUCCCACAACACAACCCGAAUCAUCACCUUUUGUCCCCCUUGACCCCAGGAUGCAGACCCAGAACCCAGUGGCUAAGGACUUCUUGUCGUCCCCUACAGAGGACGUGGCCACUCCUGUUCCAGUCAUUGAUGUUCAAGAAAUCGACCCUAAGUUGGAAGGUAUCCCACUCAAGGCCACUGCGGUCCAGAAGCCCACAUUCGCCGCCGGUGCAUCUCCUCCCGAAAACCCAGCAUCUCCCAUAGCAUCCCCUCCUGGUCCCGCUGCUCGAAGCCCAGAGCAGUCUCGACGCCCCACGAAUCCCCGGGCCUCUUCCAAGGAAUACACAUUGCAAGCUCUCUCUGCUGUAGAGUCUCGACGCCUAACAAUGCAUGCCGGCCAUACACCCAAUCAUUCCCUGUCCUUAUUCCCUAAAGUCAAUCCGACUGACCCAGGUUCCAUCGUUGGCGAGGGCGCCACACCUACUGUCGAGACUGUCAUCAAUCUGGAUGCAGCUGUGAUCGCGGAAGAGGAGAAGAAUGACAGCCUAUCGGUACCUGUGCAAUCUGAUAGGCGCGAUUCCAAGGUGUCUUUUAUAUCUGUUACAGAAGAGCUUGACCCAAACGCACCAGAUGUCAUGAUGGAACCUAGUGGCGGCGACAAAGCUCUCAAGGGACCUUUGAUGUUAAGAAACAUGCCGGCCAAAGAUGAGCUCUUUUUUGAAAAAUUGCACGAAGCACUGGAGCCUAUAAGCCAGGGGCAAAAUGCUCUUCCGGCUGUGAUGCAAGGCCACGGGCUGGGAUCUAUUGCUGGACCAUCUGGCUCCAACGCUCCUACGCAUAUGUCCAAGCAGGCCGGUCCAGUCGGCGGGGAUGGACCUGCUGACGCCCAGCGAGAUGCCGAUGAUAGUGACGGCGAAGGCAGUGGCAAGGCUAUUGAAAUUGACGUUCCUUUAAAGUUGAAGAGCACGUCCAACUUUGGUGCCCCUUUUGGUGCCAUGUAG